AUGAAAUUCGCCGUGUUCGCUUUGGUUGCCGCUUUGUGCUUGGUCGCUGUCAACGCCAAUGCCGUUGGCUUCACCGAUGAUUUCCCCACCGACUUUGUGCCCAGCGACUUUGUCGAUGAUGAGUUUGUUGAUAUUGAGCAAUACCACAUUUUCAGCACCUUCUGGUGGAUUACCAAGGCUGCUUUGAGAACUUUGAAGGGUGUCAACUGUUCCAUUAAACAGGUGAUGAAAAUCAAAGAUGCUGCCUUGAAUUUCUUGCCCAGCAUUCAUGGCUGCGGAGCUGAUGCUACCAAGGCUUAUGCCAAUAUCAUUACCACCACCCAAAAUGUUAUCAACACCUGCAAUGCCAUCAUUCAAACUAACGAAGAAGUUUGCAACAACGAUGAAUCGACCAAUGGCAAGCCAUCUACCCCCAAGGCCUGCUUUACGACUUUGUUGAAACAAUUCUACACCUUGAAUAAACAAAUUAAGGCCGUUAAGACUGCCAUCAAGAAGGUUCCCUCGAUUCCUUCGGAUGCUGCCGAUUGUGCCAAUCAAGCUGUCAACGAUUUGACCUCUCCUAUGACCAUUUGGAUUUAUUUUGGGAUAUUUGUCAAAGAGUUUUGA